CACACUGAAGAUGGGUCACAUGCCAUGUGACCAAACAGCUAUCACCAGACCCCCAAAAAAACAUCAUACUCUCUCUCUCUCUCCUCACCCCAAUCUCACUUCCACUUUCUCUCUCUACAUUUCCAUAACUGGAAUCAUGAUGAAAACUGCUAAUCACUCCUUCAUAAUCCCUCAAAAAAUCUAACAAAAUAACUACAUAACAUCAUCAUCAUGAGCUCCAACAAUCAUCUUCUUAUCUUUCUUACUCUUACUCUGCUUCAAUCUCUACUCUUCAUUCACGCCGAUGUAUCCGAUUCUCAACAGCUUCUACUCUUCAAAUCAGCUCUGCAAAACCCUAACCUCUUACCAAACUGGUUAGCCGGAAACACCGCCUGCAGUUUCACCGGUGUCACCUGCACAAACUCAACGGUUUCUGCUAUAAAUCUCACCGGUAUUGACCUAAGCUGUGAUUUCAGAUCUAUUUCUUCAACUUUGUUAACUGUUUCUACACUUGUAUCGUUUGCUGCUGGAAACUCUAAUAUUACUGGUAAUGUUGUUGUGAUUUCUCAGUGUAGUAGACUUCUUAACUCUUUAGAUCUUAGCGGCAACCGGAUCUCCGGUUCUGUUAAGGAUUUGAGAUCAUUAUCUAGUUGUGUGAAUCUGAAAACCCUAAUUUUGUCAAGAAAUUUGAUAGAUGCCAGUGAAUUAGAAUUAGUAUUAGCAAAACCGUUAGGGCUUGCGCUAGCGGUUGUUGAUUUGUCGUAUAAUCGGAUCUCCGGGCCGGAGUUUAUGCCGUGGAUGUUAUCAGACGGUUGUGGUGAGCUCGUGCAGUUUAAUGUGUCCGGUAACAAUAUCACUGGCACGGUUCCGGUGGGAUUGGAGUCAUGUAAGUUACUCGAAAUGGUUGAUUUCUCCCGGAAUAAUUUCUCCGGUGAGUUACCGAUGGAUGUGUUUUUGAAUUUGAGCAGUUUGAAGACGGUGAACCUAGGGUUUAAUAAUUUUGUUGGUGAGUUGCCGGAUUUGUUGUCGGAGAUGAUGAAUUUGGAGAUGUUUGAUGUGAGUUCUAACCGGAUUUCCGGUCGAAUUCCUGCUGGAAUUUGUCAAGGUAGUGGUAUAAGCAGGUUACAGGUGUUGUACCUUCAGAACAAUAGGCUUACUGGUUCUAUUCCCGCAAGUGUUAGCAAUUGUUCUCAACUGGUUUCGCUUGAUCUGAGUUUUAAUUUACUCACCGGAAAAAUACCUGAAAGUUUCCGGUACUUGUCUAAGCUUCAAGAUUUGAUUAUAUGGAUGAAUUUGUUAACCGGUGAAAUACCGGAAGAGCUUAUGUAUGUUAAGACUCUUGAGAAUCUGAUUCUUGAUUUCAAUUAUUUAACCGGUUCGAUUCCAGCUAGCUUAAGCAACUGUACCAAUUUGAACUGGAUUUCGCUUUCGAACAAUAAAUUGGGCGGAGAAAUUCCGGCAGCCCUCGGUGGUUUAUCGAAUCUUGCCAUUCUUAAACUUGGGAAUAAUUCGUUUUCCGGCCGGAUUCCACCGGAGCUCGGUGAUUGUAAGAGCUUGGUAUGGUUGGAUUUGAAUACCAAUCAGUUAAGUGGGACGAUUCCACCGGAUCUGUUUAAGCAAUCUGGAUACAUUGCGGCUGCGUAUCUCACCGGGAAACCGUAUUUGUACAUCAAGAAUGAUGGGAGUAAACAGUGUCACGGGGCUGGAAAUCUGCUGGAAUUCGGAGGGAUCCGGCGGGUGGAUUUAGACCGAAUUUCGUCGAGACACCCGUGUAAUUUCACCAGGGUGUAUUUAGGGGUCACUCAACCGAAUUUCAAUCAUAAUGGGUCGAUGAUCUUUCUUGAUCUUUCGUACAAUAAACUGGAGGGUGGAAUUCCGAAGGAACUUGGGUCGAUGUACUAUCUCAACAUAUUGAAUUUGGGUCACAAUGAUCUCACCGGACCGAUACCCGACGAACUAAGUGGGUUAAAAAACGCAGCGAUUCUUGAUUUAUCACAUAACAGACUCAACGGGUCAAUCCCGACUUCGUUAUCUGGUCUUUCUCUUGGAGACGCGGAUCUGUCUUACAAUAAUCUGUCCGGUUUUAUCCCAGAAUCCGCCCCGUUUGACACUUUUCCGCCUGACAGGUUUAUGAAUAAUUCUGGGCUGUGUGGGAUUCCUCUUGCUAAAUGCAUGUCGGGUCAUAAUGAAAAAUCGAACAGUCACCGGAAAUCCAACAAACGAGAAGUGUCACUUGCUGGAAGUGUAGCGAUGGGAUUGUUAUUCUCACUGUUUUGUAUUGUUGGAGUGGUUAUAAUCUUGGUAGAGUUGAGGAAAAAGAGGAGGAAGAAGGCGGCUGCCGCCCUCGAAGAGUACACCGACCGUGGCGGCAAUUCGUAUUCCGGUGGCGGCCGUGGUAUUACUAGCACGGCUUGGAAACUAACCAGCCCUCAUGAAGCAUUAAGUAUAAGCUUAGCCGCUUUCGAUAAGCCAUUAACAAAACUCACGUUUGCAGAUCUCCUCGAAGCCACAAACGGGUUCGAUAACAAUAGUCUGAUCGGGUCGGGUGGAUUUGGCGAUGUGUACCGCGCCCAGUUAAAAGAUAACACCGUUGUCGCGAUCAAGAAACUAAUACACGUUAGCGGGCAAGGCGAUCGUGAGUUCACUGCGGAAAUGGAAACCAUCGGUAAUGUAAAAAAACACCGAAACCUCGUCUCGUUGCUCGGAUACUGCAAGGUUGGAGACGAACGGCUACUCGUUUAUGAGUACAUGAAGUACGGAAGCUUAGAAGACGUUUUACACGACCGGAAGAACACUGGGAUUAAAUUAAACUGGGCUGCGCGAAGAAAUAUCGCGAUCGGGUCAGCCCGCGGGUUAGCGUAUCUUCACCACAACUGCAAUCCACAUAUCAUUCACCGGGAUAUGAAAUCGAGCAAUGUGUUACUAGACGAAAAUCUCGAAGCUCGGGUGUCGGAUUUCGGUAUGGCGAGACAUAUGAGCGCAAUGGACACUCAUCUAAGCGUCAGCACGUUAGCCGGAACACCAGGUUACGUCCCCCCUGAGUACUACCAGAGUUUCAGAUGCACCACAAGAGGCGAUGUUUACAGCUAUGGUGUUGUGUUGCUGGAGCUUUUGACAGGAAAACAACCCACCGAUUCACCGGAUUUCGGUGACAAUAAUCUUGUUGGGUGGGUGAGACAGCAUCCUACAACGCGUAUAACUGAUGUGUUUGAUCGGGAGUUAUUGAAGGAAGAUCCGACGUUAGUGGAUGAGCUUGUACAACAUCUAAGAGUGGCGUUUAUGUGUCUCGAUGACCGGCCAUGGAAGCGGCCGACGAUGGUUGGAGUGAUGGCGAUGUUUAAAGAGAUUCAGGCUGGGUCAGGGGUGGACUCGGCGUCCACAAUAGCCUCUGGUGAGGCGCGUUUUAGCACGGUUGAGGAGGUGGAGAUGACCAUACAAGAAGACGGUGAAGAAAGCAGGCACUGAUGUAGGGGAGUUUUUUUCAAGUGUAUGGGUUGCUGGAUUUUGUAUGUAUUAUUAUUAGUAGUAGUAGUCUUGUAAAAACAAUGGUGAACAAUUUUCAUGUAUAUAUUUUACAUACUAGCUUUUGAGAGUUGUGCUUUCUUUGUUUGGCU